AUGGACGAGUACAUGUUCAAGUUCUUCCUGGACGAGUGUCGCGUUGUCGAUGAGAGGACGAGCUAUGUCGAGAUUUUCAAUUACUCGGAUCCGUUCUACAAUUCGGUGGAGGAGCAUGCGCUGCCCAUGUCCGAGUUUGAGAAUUUCCUGAAUCGGAGGGGGGCGUUUGAGCCGCCAAAGGUGCGAGAGGGCACCAAGCUGUUGAGCGCCAUUCGGCUCGUCAUCCAGAAAGACGCCCAGCACAAGGACACCUUCAUGCCGAGGACAAUCUCCCUGCCAAAGGACAAGUACAUGUCCAUGGUCAGGACGCUCAGGCUGCCCUUUGGCGCCAUCGAGACGUCGUCUGUGGUCGGGCCCUUUUUCUGGUGCGCGUACGACCAGGACGACGAUGAUCCGCAUCUGCACAUUGUCCACCGCAAGUCGGACGUCCGCAAAAAGGGCCGGACCCGCGGCUGGGAGAUGAUGCUGUCGUACGCCUUCAAGACGGGCAUCACGACGGGCUUCAUCAAGGGCACGCCCAGCUCCGACAUUGCGCCCGCGCUGGCGCACCUGCGCGGGUGCGCGGCGCAGGUCGGCCACCCGAUGCUGCUGUCGACCAUUAUCCUGUCGCACGACCUGUCGCCGGCCAACGACGAGAAGCAGCGCGACGCGCGCGACUGGCUGCGGCGGCUGGAGAACGCGGUGAGCAUGCGCGACGAGGUGGAGGAGGGCGAGCAGUACUUCCAGGACGGGGUGCUGUCCGUCGACGGCCUGAACCGGGACCUGGUCGAGUGCCACAGCCACGUCAUGUGGAAGCGGCCGCAGGCGUACUUUGUGCUGGUCCGCGAGAUGGAGCUGUGCAUGGAGCGCUUCAAGGUCUCGUGGAUGGACGCCAAGCGGGACUUCCUGUCCGAGGAGGAGGAGCGGCACCGCAAGACGAUUGACCAGCUGCACCGGAGCAUGCUCGCGCGCAUGGAGUUUUACAAGGUCAAGCUCAAGGGGCUCGAGAAUUACAUUCACACCACGCUGGAGAGGUUGAAGGUUCAGCGGGAGGCUCGAGAGGCACGGCUCAACCUCGAAAUCGCCGGCGAGCAGCGCCGCAUCGCGCACGCCAGCAAGCGCGACAGCACCGCCAUGAAGACAAUCUCCCUCAUGGGCGCGCUCUUCCUGCCGGGCACGUACCUCGCCUCCGUCUUCAGCAUGACCUUUUUCAACUUUGACGCCGACGCGAACCCCGUCAUCAGCAACUGGCUCUGGGUCUAUUUCGUGAUUACCAUCCCGCUGACGGCGCUCAUCGUCGGCUUCUGGCUGUGGUACGACCGCCGGCGCGAGGCGCGCUACGCAAACGACGACCAGAAGCUCGAGGGCGACAUUGAGCAGAUGGAGAUGAAUAUCCUGAAUUCGUUGAGGAAGAGGACGAUGAGUAAGACGCAUACGUGGAAUAGCCGGAGUAAGCCGAUUCAUUCGCCUUGAA